AGGCUAUUCAUCAAGAAUUGGAACAAUCACUGCAAGAGCAAGAAACGCUCAAAAUCCAGAUUAGGGAGUACACAAUACAAGUUGCCAGAUUUGAGGAAUUGCUGGCUCAAAAGGUAUAAACGUUCGCUCGUAAUUGAAUAUUUACCACAUGCUGGUGUAGUUUUAGACUUGUUCAACAUCUCUCUUUUUCUGUCGACCCACUGUAUUGCGCAUAACAAGACGUUAAUGGGAAUGGCUUUGUUUUCUUACUUAAUAAUACACAUUUCUCAAUUCUGAGUAAUUGGCUAAGAGCAGUGCAUUAUUUUCGAAAUACAGUGCCAAAAAAUGAAAUACAGUGCAAAAAAAGAAAUACAGUGCAAUUGACUAUUUGGCUUUCUGAUUGGCUUAAAAUAUAAACAAUAACAGAGAUAGUCAAUAAGAUACCGCAAUUUCUAGCAGAAAUAAUAAAAGUUUUCAGGAGUGACCGCAUAAUUUUUUCAUGUAUUUUACUAAUAAGUAAUAGUAUGGUUUCUCGUGUAAUUUGAAAAAACAUACACUCGUGAGUUUUUCGAAGAUUUCAAAUUUUUAUAGUCUUUUUCCAAAUUGCACUCCAAACCAUACCAUAUUAUCUAUACAAAUUGUGUGUUUCAUUUAAAUACCGUUACGCUAUAUUUCAAACAACUCUUAUAAGAUACACUUUUCGCAAGCUAAACAAUAGAAGGGUCAACAUCCAAUGACAGAUGUUACAAGUCUUUCAGUCUUUCUCUUCCUCCUAUAUCCAUUUCUCUAUGUUCAUGCAUGGUCUAGUGCGAUUUGGGCUAUCAAGUUUAUACAAUAUCAUGCAGAAGAUACUGUGCAGAAGUUUUAGUUUUAGGUCACUCUUAACGACCUCAACAUGCAUAAAUUCCAGUUAGAAUUUUCGCACUUGUACUUGAAUUGAUUGCAAGAAACAUUUAUGAGAAUUUCAUGCAUCUAUUUUUAUGUUUUUCUUGGCAUAGACCUCUUUACUUCCGAAAUACUUUUAGUACACCUGCUCCUAAUGAAGAUUUUGUCUGUGUUUCAGAUGCACAACAUGUACUUCUUGAAAGAAAAGUAAUUGUAUAUAUAGUCGCUACAAGCGCGAUCAGGAUUAUACAUAGUAAUUUGAAGAUGUUCUCUUGUCUUAUUCUAAUAUUGAAGUCAAAAUGAUUGAUAAGUUAGGAGUUGGAAAUGAGAUUGGACAAAGAACUAUGCAGUUGUCAUGUUAUUGCUUCUGAAAAAUAGUGCUUUAGCAAAUAUUCACCUGUCAUGCAUGAAGCAGAAGUAAAGUCUGUACAGACUGUGUGAUGUUGAAUUUAUUAUAGUAAAAAAAAAAUGUUGACAUGCAACAUGGGAAAAUACUUAAAACAUCGCAAAUACCUGCCAAUAUCUGGCAAGGUUUGUCGAGCUAUUCUACAGCUCCUAAAAUAUCUUUUACAGGCCCGUCUGACAAAAUCUCCGAUGACUUCGAGUUUGGGUCGGACAUAUGUAUGAUGAUGUCCGAUGCAUGACCUUCAUUCAGUUCAGUUUGGUUCGGAAAUAAGUCUGAAGUAUAAGACAAAUUAGUAUCAGCACAAUGUAUUAAUUCUGAACAAAAUGCUGUGAAGAUAUUAAAUAAAAUGUGUCAUUCAUACUUAUUUCCAAGCCAAAACUAACUUGCUGUCAAUAACAGCAGUAAGACUUCAACAACUUAAGCCAGUUUUCCACUUCACCAUUCAGUUGCUCGCCGCCCAGCGCUCAAUUGCAUUGAAACAACAUUUCCAGUUCAUCUUUUAUACAUUACUCUGAUUCUCCAAUUUACAUUUAGCAUACGAGCCUCUAGUCCUGGACUAGGGUACAUUUUGAUUUACGUCGGACAAAGCUACAGUUCGGGACACCAAACACUUGGGUCAGACAAACAAUAAACCUCUGUUUCACAGACAAACAACAAACCUGUUUUUCUACGUCGGACAAUUUCACGAAUGGGUGGGACAAUGUCCGUGAUAUUACCGUGAUAUACCGACCGAUAUUUUAGGGCCUGAACUACUGACUCAAUGACAAUGUAACCGCUUGUAUAUGUGUCAUGAUACCGCGGUCAUUACGAUAUCUUGUGCUUUAGGACCACGAAAAAGAAGAACUUCUCGAACAGUUUCGUGCGUUGAGCAGUGAGGCUGAGAAGUUGGUAACCGAUGCUCGUGUUUCAGAAGGAGAAGUGAGCAAUUAUAAAACUGAGUUACGACAAAAAAUGCAAGAAGAUCUCGAGCUGAAGGAGAAAUUAAGGAGUUUGCAAGUUGAGCUAGACCAGGUUUGUGCUAAAUGCAUGAUAUAGAUGCUUAUACACCUCACCCAGGGUUUUCAAAACAAGCUGGCGGCCGCCGGAGACUCUGGCGGGUACAUUCAUCUCUUUUUCAAGCAAUGCAAAGGAUUAGCAACAAUAAAAUCAGAUUUGUAAGUUUAACCAUUGUCUAAAAACCAAGAACUAACUCCCACUACCAGUGCCAUGAAGGAGAAAUGUUUAUUGGAAAUUUCACUGCUCAUUCAAAUCUGCGUUUAUACUGCAACUCAGCUUAGCUUGUUGAGCCUUGUUCAGCUAAUUGACCAAGAAAGUGACAAUAUUUAUAGCCUUUCUCACGCCGCCAUUUUUGGUGGCAACCUUUUUAGAAUAGGGGUGGUAAGCAGUAAAAAUGAAACUUUCCAUAACUAUAGUUGUAAGUAUAAUCAUUAUAUAUAAAUCGAUUUACAGUUAAAUAUUUGAAAAAAUAUUUUCACAUCGCGUAGAUUUUUCACGUUGUUUAUAAAUUUAAUAAUACCCAAAAAUGGCGGAUUUAGACCUUCGUGAGAAAGGCUAAUUCAUAAAUUAUUUCCGUAGACUUAGUUUAAAUAUUCCUACAUAGAUCGUAAAAAUAUUCCUACAUAGACCGCUUACUUAGAAAGAUUAUAAUUAUGAAAGCCCUGCCACACACCAAUCCGUGACAAAUUAUGAGCGGGAAUAAAUGUCGAAAUCGGUUUGAUUCGAGGGCGUUCGUUGUGGGGGUUAAGGUAGCCCGUGCGAGACCGCCCUCGCAGGGUAGGGUUAAGGUGAAUGUUAAUGUUAGGAUGUUAUUAGUUACGACACCCAAGUUUAUCGGCUUGCAUCAUCCACAGCGAACACUGGUAAGGUAGUCCGACCCUAUCGAAAUGAUACAAGGGCCAGUCGUACGAAGGCCGGAUAGCGCUCUGUCUAUCCACGCACCGGAUAGUGACCUUUUAAUUACGCAUGCACGAAUGUAUGAAAACCUGUGAAAGUACGGAAUGAUUUAGAUUUCACAUGCAAUUAGCCUUUCUCACGCCGCCAUUUUUGGGUGGCAUUUCAGCCGACGUCUGCGAGAUAAGUCCACAUAACAGCGACUUUUUAUAAUUUUUUGGACAAAUGAUGGUAAAUUUGCUUUGUGAAUGGUUAGUUUAUCUUGAAAAGUUGCUUUUCAGAUUGUUUUAAUUGUCUGCAUUGGUUAACGAGAAUUGGAUGCUACCCAAAAAUGGCGGGUAUUCGUCAUCGUGAGAAAGGCUAAUUGUUGUUAACUAGGAAACUUCAAAUUCUAAUCUGGAUUAUGCCCAUCAUAGAACUGAUCUCAGCAUUGUUUGCAUGAGUCCGGGUCGAAAAAACUUGGAAACCGUAAUCAAUGUUGCACUGUCUGCAGUUGUGCGCUGUCUGCUUGUUACUAAAGAACCUAUGGCUUUGCCCUGACUUUACUCCCAGAAUGCUCUGCGUCACUCUUUAUAUAAAACGAAAACGAAUGUAAUUAUUGCGGUGAUGGCGACUCAAUAUGUGCGCGCACCAUUUUACCAUAACCUGUUGGACAAAACCGAAGAUAUUAGGCCCCAUAUACUGUGUUUAAUGUAAUGACCCAGUUUUUUAAUAUAACGAUCCAUUGCGCCAUCAAUCCAUCCAUGCCUGCCAGGUGUUGCUGCGUUGCCUGAACGCCUGUUUUGUAAUUCCGACAGGUCCAAAAAUAUUUUCUGUUUAUUUUCAUCCCGUUGCGAAUUCGUUCAGGUAAAAAGCCCAUCCCGGUAAAUAGGGAUCCUUAGCUACAUACUAACUUUAAACUUUGUUGCAGUUGGUGUUUGACUGGAAUAAAUCAAGAAUGUUAAAGAAAAAACGUAACACAAAAAUAAAAUGAAUAACGCGUUUUAAUUAUCUAACACUUAACUUAACUUAACUUAACUUAACUUAACUUAACUUAACUUAACCUAACUUGACUUAACAAUAUUAGAAAUAAGGAUUUAUGCGCGAGAAUGCAUUCAUAGCGAUACUUAAUUUAUUAUGCAACACCUUUUUGAUACAAUCAUUCUUUAAUUAAAUUAAAUUAAAGUGAUCAAUGUUCACAGUUUAAAGAUUUUUAAUUGAAUCCAAUAACUGUAACCAUGUCCAUAAUGUUGUGAAGUUUAAAAUGUUAAAAUAACGAGAUUUGAAACAAACGUCUAAAGGUUCAGUUGCUGACUGAAAUUUAUGCACGCAUAAACUAUCCAAAUGACUUUCAAAUAAAAUUAAAAGGACCAUUGCAUGUAUGUAUGCAUGGGGGUGACAUAUAUCCUCCUCAGUAGUAAUAUAGGUACCGUUCGGGCUGGAUUUUUGCGGUGGUGGAGUGUGGUGGAGUAAGGGUGCUGCGGGUGCGCUAAUUAAUAUUCAUACUGUGAGGAGGAGUAAGGAGGGGUGUGGUGGAGUGUGGUGGAGUAAGGGUGCUGAGGGUGCGCUAAUUAAUAUUCAUACUGUGAGGAGGAGUGUGGUGGAGUAAGGGUGCGCUAAUUAAUUAACAUACCUCCACUUAAUAUAUGCAAUGACGUCAGGCGGGCAUGUUCGGGCGAAAUCGUGUGAAACUUGCUGACUAGGCAUUGUUUUAGCGUCCCUCCAAGUGUGUGAUACAAUAGAGGGAUUAAUAUUGGCUUGCCAUGCGUUGCUGCCAGGUACAGAAACAUCUUGAGAUAUGUCCGUAUUUUUUUAUAAAUUUUAAGGGAAUAUAAUUACUUUACACAGAAUGUGAUUUACUAUUAAUAGCGAAUGCGAUGAGUUACCAUUGCAAAUAAUAUAGCACAUUGCUUAUGUUACUUUAAACGAAAUAAAAAACGAGGGCUUUACAAGCGUAUUUUCAAAAUAUAUAGUUUCAUUGAUAGAAACAUAAGGAUGGUCACACACUGGUCAAUGUGGGCGCUGGCUAUUUAACACUUUUCAUCUUGCCGGCAGAUGCUAAUUAAUAGAGACUGAAAGGAAGUUAUAAUUAUGUUAAUAGGGGUGUAUAAAUAGAGGUAUCCUUUCUAACUUCUAUGCUAAGGUAAACUCAAGAUGGAAUAUGUCGGAAUUCUACCAGCACCAGAUUACUCCCUCCCGUCAAGAUGGUUGCGUCUGUUUGGAGUUGUAGCGACGUCAGAAGAUUCACCAAGAGAAAGUGAGACCUGUCAUUUCUGCCUCACAGACAUCGCCAGAAACGAACGUUUUGUGACAGAGACACCGUGUUGUGGCCACUCGGUACACUUUGCGUGCUUUGAGAGCUCGCUAUUCGUUUCCGCGUCUGAAAACGAUAACCACACAGCACGCUGUGCGUAUUGUCGAAGGGACUACUUUGAGAUGAAUUUCUGUUUUCUCUGCCUGCGUUUUAAGCAGGUUGAAGAACAGCUCAUGAAAACAAGUUGUUGCCGUUCGACAGUACAUUCAGCGUGUGUGAAUCUGUUACGUUUUCAAACACUGGAAAUGGGUGAGUCGGUUCACGUGGAGUGUGGUGGUUGGGCCACGCUCUGCGGUUGCCACUGGAUUGGUGUCUAAAGAGACGAAACACAAAACCAAGAAUAAAAAAAAAAUAUAUCUCUUUUAAGAGCUACCAAAUGUCGAAAAGAAUAAAACAUAAUUCGAUUCCUAAGUAAAAAUCACUUGGGAUUGUAUGAAGUAUGUAAAUUUGUUGAGGUCCUUAAUCACUUGGACUCUAGAAAUGCAUAUCAACACGUAUACAAUAUCUUCAAAAUAUAUUUGUUGCUUAGUUAAAAAGAAACGUUCUAAUCACAGAAUAUUUGUAACUAGGUAUAGGUAACGUCUCAGCUACUGACUCGAGUAGAUCUUCUAGUUUCCAAUGGGACAAAUAGUUCAGCAUACACAAAAGUUUGUGGCUCUCAGUGUUUUGUUGCAAUUCCAUUAACGAAUUGACAAACUUAGAAUCUGGAUCUCUUUCCAUUUGUUGUAAAUGUUCGAGUAAAUUCACAUCAAGCUUCAGUUUUAACACCCUCGCCCUAGUAUUCUAGUCUUGUUUAUGAAAUUUACUUCCCGCAAAGUCACGCACCCGAUUUUAGGACCACCCCGUCAAAACCAACGUCCACUUUUUGAAUCUUGCGAGCUGGAUUCGAACCAACGACCUAAGGAACUACAGUCCUUCGCUCUACCGACUGAGCUAUUGCAAGUAGGUAUUUUAAGCAUGGGAAAAACCCUUCCAAAUAUCUGUGGAAAUCCAAGCGAAGAUAUAUAGCUAUAACUCUACUAUACAUUACAUACAUUAUAUUAUAUAGGAUGGGACUCGAAACUUAUUUUGGGACAACUCCUAAUACCAUAAGAUUCGGCCACCAAGGCAUUACGGUUUGCUUGAUAUAAAAACCGAAUCACCCCAAACACGUAAAGAUGUAAUAUCCCUAUCUAUCCAUUGGACUCAUUUAGUUAUGCGAAUCCCUGUUCGCCUAAUCCUGUUAAUUACCUUAACCCGCGAAGAAUUUAUGCCCGCAAAACCUCACGCCUGAUUUUAAGGCAUACACCCUGCUUAAGCAAUUUAAAUCGAAUUAUGGAGCUCAAAGAAAGAAAAAAUAUUUUACCCGGAGUGGGGUUCGAACCCAAGAAGUGCAACGCAUCUUAGAUCUGCCUUUACAAACAUCCUUAAGGCAUUUGGGCAAAGUCGUUAAAGAAACACGUUUGUAAUACAGUUAAUAAUAACACAUUUUGUUAGCGUUUGCUAAUGUUACAAUACAAUCAUCGUCUCUACAUUUACGUGGUAUAUUGCAUGCACGACAAUGAAUAUGACAGUACGUUCGCAGAUAGCAAAUACAACAUACAAACUUCCACCCACAAUUAUAAAAGUUUGCUGGUUCAGUACAUUUAUCAUGUUCACAAGUUAUGUUCCACAUUUUUAUUUCUUCUACAUCAAAUAUUUGUCGAUCUAUUUCGAACAAACAUCUAUCGCAUCUAGAAUCUUCAAAGUCCAUCGAACUUUCUCUUCUUGUAUAACGUAGUGGUAGUUCUGUAGUGUUCGGGCUAAAUUCUUCACAUCGUUCACACUUUCUGGCAUGGUAUUCCAUUGCUUUGCCUUUUUUUGGUACAAUAUUUAUAAGUAAUAGCAUGGCUUGAGGGAGAUUAGUGAUUAAAUGACCCCGUAUCCCGAGGCAGGUUUGCGGAAUCCCCGAGGGCGAAGCACGAGGGAAUUCCGCAAACUUGCCGAGGGUAAACUGGACGCUGGGAAACAAACUAGCGUGAUCUAUAUGGAUAUGUCCAAAACCUUUGAUAAAGUUAACCACCAAAUUCUUAUUCAUAAACUUUACAACUGCUUUGGCAUCUCUGGUAGUUUACUCGGUUGGUUCUCCUCCUACUUGUUGAACAGAAGGCAACGCGUGACUGUUCUAGGGGCUACAUCAUCUGAAAAACCUGUUAUGUCUGGUGUCCCUCAAGGUUCUAUCCUGGGUCCAAUACUCUUUCUCCUUUAUGUUAACGACCUACCAGAUGUGGUGAAUAAUGCAAAAGUAGUUUCUUUUGCUGACGACACAAAAUUAUUCAAGUGUGUCGAUUCUCACAUAGACGGUGCCUCGAUUCAAAGUGAUCUUGAUAAUCUUGAGGAGUGGUCGACUUCUUCUGGACUUGUAUUUAAUCAAAAUAAAUGCAAGUGUCAGAGAAUUACCAGGAAAAAGACUACCACCGAAUUCCCCUGCACCCUCAAAAACAAAACCCUCGCAGUAACAACAGAGGUGAAGGAUCUUGGCAUUUGGGUUACUAGUAAUCUGACAUGGUCCAAACACACCCUAGAUCGAUGUGCCGCAGCUAAUAGGAUGCUCGGGUUCGUACGUAGAUCUGCAACGGAAAUCACGGAUAAAAGGAUUCGCCGUGCAUUGUAUUUGGCAGUUGUAUGACCAGCGCUGGGCUAUGCCACUCAAGUGUGGUCGCCGCAGUCGGUGGAGCUCAUCAACCGAGUGGAACGUGUUCAACGCCGAGCUUCAAAGUUUAUUCUAGGCCUCCCAUUCAUGUGUGACGUAUCCUAUAAAGACAGACUCAUUUCGACAGAGCUUCUUCCCCUCGCAUAUUGGCAUGACUUAAUGUUUUUCUUCAAAGCUAUUACUGGCAUUGUGUCGAUAUCUCAAAAUUCCUUACCUGAACGUAUUGCUCCUGUAAGAGUCACAAGAUCAUCUGCUAAUGUCAACGCAAUCUCAUUCCGUUAACGAAAACAUAAAACAACAACUUAUAAUCGAUCAUUCUUUCUUCGAACGACUAGAACUUGGAACUCUCUCCCCGAGCAUUUAAGGCUUAUUAAUCUAUCUUUUAUUCAAUUUAAGAAAGCAAUAUUAGCAUACUACUUGACUGCAUUACGAUCCUGCUACAACGUUGACGAUCCACGAACUUGGAAAACUGUCUGUGUCAAAUGUAAUACAUGCAGAAGUCUCAUCCGACCAUUAACUUGCUAUUACUAGAGGGGCGUUUGCACAUUGCGAUUUGUCCUGUGCGAUUCGGGUUCUGGUGUAUGAAAUUCAUUUGAUGCCUCAAUUCCAAAAAUCUGAAUUGAAUUGAAGCGAAACUUUGAAUGCACAAUUGACGCGUGCCUAAUCGAUUGGAUUCGCCAAAAUACGAGUCGUACACGGCGGAUCACGGUGUAAACGUACCUUAAGUAAACUAAGUAUAAUUACAUAGGUGAUUAUUGAAAAUUUUCCACGCUGAUUGGUUUGAUGUUGAGGUGAUUAUAACGCGAUAAUCAUCUAAGCGAUUUUCGAAAUAUUAUGUCGGCCGAAGUCGUUUUGAGUAUUAAAUGACGAAGAAAUGUGUAUUUUAAUUUUUUCCCAAAUAAUCACCUAUGACAUUAUACUAAAACAAUUAUUCGCCUCAGGCUCGGUGGUUAUUGUUAAAUGAAAACUUCGACUUAGCUUUGUCUCUGUCCCUACUCACUGAUAAUCACCUAGCCUUCGGCGAAAAAUUGUUAAUUAUUUCUGUUUUCUAUAUUUAUAUUGAUAUUUUGUAAAGGGCCCACUGUAAUUGGUGUUAAGCUGUUGUGGUGUCCCAGCUUCUUUAAUGCAAUUAUUGUAUGAUGUUUGGAAGCGAAGCACAAUAAAUAAAUAAAUAUUAGUUUGUAAUAGCAUAGUUGCGCUCCCAUUUAAAAAUGGACAAACAUGCCCUACUUGCAAUCAGCGAAUUGUAAGCUAAAACAUUUGCUUCUUUGCUUGUGGGAUGUAAAAGCUUGUUGCACAUGCGCACUUUUUACGCUUUGAUCGGUUACGCAUGCGCAAUCUAUCAUUUAACGUACGGUGAGGCACUUGCCUAAUGCGUAGUCGGCAGGAAGACAAAGGGUGUGACCCUUGCCAACGGGCGAUUAGUUGGUAAUCGACCCUGGUGAAAUAAAAGAACUUCCAAAUAACAAGCAAUAUGAAAAGCACAAUCGAGCCGUUUCUCACUAGGUAUAAAUUAACUCAGGAAUAAAUUAACUCUGAAAAUCACUCGCCUUGUUUUGCAACAGGAAUAAAUUUUCAUCACGAAACAAAAUGGCGCUAGGUCGGAAACCUCUCGUUGUUUUACCAUCCUCGGUGUAACUUCGGAAAAUUAUCACUUAUGAAUUAAUUAAUAUGAUCAUUCGGAAAAUGAAUUCAAUAAGAUGAUCACUAUGAAUAUAACUCUCAUUAUUAUGCACAUUAGGAUCCUAUUGGUUAUACAAAUUCGUAUCGCCUUAACCCCCUUAAUUACUUCAACCUUUGUGUUAUACGCGUGGGAAUAGCCUGACAACGUUGCCAUCACAAUAUUUAUGUUUCUAUCAAUGAAACUAUAUAUUUUGAAAAUACACUUGUAAAACCAUCUUUUUUUUAUUUCGUUUAUAGUAACAUAAGCAGUGUGCUAUAUUAUUUGUAAUGGCAAAUCAUCGCACUCGCUACAAAAUUUAUAUCUCCAUUACUUCUCGUUCAACACAUUUGUAAUAAAUUUAAUAAUAACAAGAUAAGACAACUAAAGAGGGAUCCAGUACACAAAAAGGUUAUGGAAAUCAGGAAUGUCUUUGUUAACGAUGAUAAUUUCGACCACAGAAGAGUUAGAGGUCACUGUUUACAAGAGAAAAUUUCUUUUGAAAAGACUUUUCAGAAACACAUAUAGUCUCCUAGUGACAUUGACUCUUAACGGUUGCUUGUGUUUGAUUUAUAAAAAUAAAAUGAAAUACGAUCCUAUGUGGUACCUAUUUUCCCCUAACCCAUUUCUCUAACCUUCUCCCAACUCCCGAUAAACCUUCAAAAAAGACCUUCGGAAGACAGACAAGAAUAUGAGAAUUCUUUAAAGAUAACAAAAACACCUAAGCGUUACGCUCUUAGAAGUAGAUCGUACUAAAUUUUGUAAAACGUUUGAGGGAAUAAAUGUACUUUAAAACUGAAAUCUUGUGCAAGCUUUUGCCUGCAAAGCCCGGUCUUUCCGCCCGCGCGAUUUGCCUAACCCGCCCGCCUGAUUGGUGUACAAAUAUGUUGUACAUUAAUAUAUGCAUGCACCCAAGCGUCGCUAAUGACUGGUGGUAACACAUAGCAACGCAUAUAACAACCACAUAUUUGAUAAAAACGUAUUUUUAUGGCAAAAUGUAUCACAACUGUUCUAAAAGUUUUUUCUCCAUGAGUUCUUGAUAAGCUUUCUUAUGAUCUGCCUCAAAACUUCUAAAUCGCUGACCCGUCACCUUCACAGAAUACAUGUAACUCGGUGGGCAAGAGAAAACGCUUCAGCUGCUGACUCGAGCGGAUCUUCUAAUCUCCAAUGAAACAAAUAGUUCAGUAUACAUUGUAGUUCGUGGUUCUCAGUGUUGUGAUGUAGUUCCAUCAAUGAAUCGACAAACGUAGAAUCUGGAUCUUUUUCCGGUUGCUGUAAAUGUUCGAGAACAUCUCUGUCAACUGCUAGUUUUAGUACCCUCAUUGCCUCAGCGAAUUCAUUCCAAAUCAUACGCUUACCAUUCACUCGUUCGAUCGCUUGUAAACCAUACAUUUGCCAUCGUUCGUUUUCGUUCAUCAUGAGGCAGUCAUGUUGUCUUUGACUAGGAUGACCGACUUGACAACCAUUACAGGAUUCCACACAAUGUCUUUCCACUUCAUGUGCGACUGCAUUCGCAUAUAUUCCUUCCAAUAAAUUGUAAGACGUGGCUUUACCGUGUAGACACGCCAUGCCUGAUGUACAGGGUGUCCCCCAAAAAAGUGACACUAUAGAAAUUAUCAUAUUGUUAUAAUUUGAAUGCCCUAGCACUAAGUUGAUCCCACAGGUGCAUAAACUUCUGCUUCUGAAAUUUAAAGUAAAAAAGCAAACCGUUUAUUAAUGUAAUCGUUUUGCUUGACUCGGGCGUUAAAAUAUUUGGACAAAGCGAAAACGUUUUAAAAUGCUUAAAUGUAAAUACGAGCGUUAAAAUAUUUGGACAAAGCGAAAACGUUUUAAAAUGCUUAAAUGUAAAUACAAGUUCAUUAAAUUCCCAGGCGUGUAAUCACGCGCGUUUAAGAGCGGCUUAAGAACAAUGAGAUAAUUUCUAUAGUGUCACUUUUUUUUUGGACACCCUGUAGAACUAAGCGUUGUCAAAUGCAGAACUAUGCUUAUUGCAAGACUCUUGUCGAUUUUAUACAGACACUUGUAUAAAAGUUCUUAAAUCAAACAACCAAUCAUAGUAAGCCAAUCUUAAUCCUUCUAUUGUAUCACACACGUGGAGGGACACUAAAAAAUGUCUAGUCAGCAAGUUUUACCGAUUUCGCCCGAACAUGCCCGCGUGACGUCAUUGCAUAUAUUACGUGGAUGUAUGUUAAUUAAUUAGCGCACCCUUACGCACCCUCACUCCACCACACUCACCCUCACUCACUCCUCCUCACUCCACCACACUCCACCACCGCAAAAAUCGGGCCUGAACGGUACCUAUAUUACUACUCUCCUCAUUGGACAAUUUGUAUAGAUUAAACCCAAGUUUGCAACAGUCGUUCACGUGCUAACUUGCCAAGGUUCAAUUUCUCUUUGACGUUUUGUGAUUAUCGACAGGACUAGAAAAUGAAUGCCUUGUUCUAUAUCAAGGUACUUGAACCUUCUCUGAGCUUAACUGAUUUGGUGUUUGCACUAAUUAGUAAUUGUGACUGACUGGCGAAUCUUCUUGAACACACAGUUUUCAGUCUCACGAUAGCCUAUCGAAGGGAAGAUGGCUGUUAACCUCAUUAGAAUAACAAUUUGAUCACUUUAUUACAAAUGAACCUGAAAAAAAUUCUAAAUGUGGCGUGAUUCAUACUGGAAUCAGUGACCACAGUCUCAUUUAUGCUAUGAGGAAGAUUAAUAUAAACCAUAAAGAUAAAGAAAAUAUUAUUGAAAUUAGGAAUAUGAAAAACUUCAACGAAAAUAAGUUGUUGCAUGAUCUUAAAAUCCAGUCAUGGGAGAAUGUCUACUUUUUUGUAGACAAUCCCAACAGUAUGUGGCAAAUUUGGAAAGAGCUAUUUUUACAGGUUCUAGAUAAACAUGCCCCUCUUCAAAGUAAAAAGAUGAAAUCUAAAAAACUACCUUGGAUUACUAAUCAUAUCAAACAAAUGAUAAUCAUAAGGGAUCAAUUGAAAGAAGAGCAAUCGUAACGAAACUUGAGUCCGAUUGGGAAAACUAUAAAAGAGCCAGGAAUGAAACAAAUACUCAGUUAAGACUGGCCAAAAAGGAGUAUUACACCAAUAAAAUUUCUUCUGAGAACCAGAAUCCGAAAGCUGCUUGGAAGACAAUUAAUAGUUUAAUUGGUGAGCAAAACAGACCUACUAAAGUGAAUGAACUAAAUAUAAAUAAUGUAAAACUAACAAGCCCUGAAGACAUAGCAAAAGGUUUCAAUGAUUACUUUGCAAAUAUUGGACCUAACUUAGCAGCUGAAAUUGAUACAACUGAAUGUCAUUUUAAGGACUACCUUAAGAAAGCUGAAUCUGAAUUUACUUCAUUCAAACCAGUUACUACAAACCGUGUUUGUUUUUUGUUAUCUCAACUAGCUGGCAACAAAGCUACUGGAUUAGAUAAGAUUUCUAGCAAGGUUGUCAAAAUAGCAGCCCCAGUUAUUUCCGAUUCAUUAAACUAUAUUUUUAACCAAUCAAUUAUUCUAUGUACAUUUCCAAAUGAAUGGAAAGUUGCAAGAAUAACCCCCCUUUUUAAGAAUGGCAAGCGUAAUUUGGCUGGAAAUUAUCGUCCAAUCUCUGUCUUGCCUGCCUGCCUGCCUGCCUGCCUGCCUGCCUGCCUGCCUGCCAUAAGCAAAGUUAUGGAACGUAUUUUAUAUAAUCAACUAUAUGAGUAUUUGUCGCUAAACAACCUCUCAGAACAUCAGUUUGGUUUCCAAAAGUUUCACUCGACUGCAUCAGCCUUACUUGACUGUACAAAUGGUUGGUAUUUAAACAUGGAUCGAAAAUUGUUCAAUUUGAUUGUAUUCAUAGACUUAAAAAAAGCAUUCGACACUGUUAACCACGAAAUCUUAUUAGUUAUUGGAAAAGCUAUUACUAUUUGGAAUUACGGGCAGUGCGUUUCAACUCCUAAAAUCAUAUUUAUCCAAUCGUACCCAAAAAUGUGAAAUAAACGGCUCUACUUCUAAAGAAAAUAUUGUAAAAUGCGGCGUACCCCAAGGCUCCAUAUUGGGACCAUUAUUCUUUCUGCUAUAUAUUAACGAUCUACCAUCUUGUCUAAAUGAAACUAGACCCCGGAUAUUUGCAGACAACACAAAUAUUACAGCAUCUGGAAAUUGCAUGAAUGAUAUUGAAUCUGCAGUAAAUUCGGAUUUAGAAAGACUUCGAAAGUGGCUUAUGGCAAAUAAACUGAGCUUAAACGUAGCGAAAACUGAAUUUCAAUUAAUUGUCACUAAACAUAUGCUUAAAAAAAAUAGUGAUUACCGGCCAGUAGUUACUAUUCUAAAUAAACCAAUAAAGCAAGUUUUCCAAUGCAAAAUUCUAGGAGUUACUGUUGACGAAAAUCUUUCUUGGAAAAGUAACACAGAGUAUAUGUAGUAAAAUAUCAUCUGGGAUAUAUGCUCUCAAACAAAUUAAAACGUUUGUUCAUAUAAAACACUCAUAUAUAUAUCGGUAUACAAUGCUUUGAUCCAACCCUAUUUCAGUUAUUGUUGUGAAGUAUGGGAUGUAUUUGGCGAAACCCAAUCUAAACGUCUGCAAAAGCUUCAAAACAGAGCAGCUCGCGUCAUAGCAAGUGUACCGAACGAUGUUGAUCAGCAAACUGUAUUGGAUUUAUUACGAUGGAAAACAUUAAAAGAACAACGAUUAAAAACUAAAACGAAAACGAUGUUUAAGAUACUUCAUAAUAUGUGGGACCAAAUUGCCUCAAAGACUUAUUCAUUUUCAAAAAUGAAAUAUUAAAUCAUAAUUUCCGUGACAGCUCAACCACAUUACGGUUGCUAAAGCAUGCACGUUAGAACAGUUUAAAAAAAGAGUUUCAUGUAUGACGGAGCUUUCAUAUGGAACUCUUUGCCAGAAAUUAUUAGAGAAAGCAAAACGCUAUCAAUUUUCGAAAGGAAAAUCGCUACCCAUUGUUAUUAAAGCAUGAUCGUAAAUAGUAAAUUAACGUGUAUUAUAGUAUAUUUUCUUUUUCACAUAUAUGCAUGUAAUUUCUUACUACCUUUAUCUUUUUUUUUGUAAAUUUACUUUUGUUCACAUGCCCAUUGUGGAAACCAGCUUUAGCUGACAAUGUUAGCGUGGUUAAAUACAGUUUAUCAUCAUCAUCAUAUAUGUUAGUCAACGUUUAUUCAUAAAUCUAGUACUUCACCGUCACGUGUGUGUUGUAUUUUUGCCAAAUCCCCCAAUAGCAAUUUCCAAUUUACCCUAUUGCUCGAGUCACGGAUAGUUGGGAAAAAAUACAACACGCACGUGACGGUGAAGGAUCAGAUUUAUGAAUAAAUGUUGCACUAACAUAGAUAAUGAAUUAUAUUGUCAUUCAAAUGAGUUUCUUAGCCAAUUAGCCAUCUUCCCUUCGAUAAGCUAUGGUCUCACAUAGUUAUAAACUACUGUUAAAUUUGCUAUCGCUAUCAUGCAUUGCGUAUGAGUCGGUUUAACUAUAUCCGAAUACCUUAACUGAAUAAUUAUAUAGAAUUUAAAAGAAAAUCUACUACAUAUACAUGUAAUAUUUAAUAAUGCCAAUUAGUAUAAUAUGAAAUAAAUAUUUAAUUAAUGUAAAUGUAUAAAAUAUAUAAUUAAAUCGUAAGGAUUUCAAAAUUAAAUAAUAAUCUGCUAUAUUUUGAAUUGCAUAAAUUUAGUCUGAACCUUUUAGCCAGUGUAACCAUCUUGCGAUGACUAUUAAAACAAUAAUUAAUUACUAUUAAAAUAAUAAUUAAAUUAAAAUAGCUACAACUAUUAAAAUAAUAAUUAAAACAAAUUUUUGGCUGCGAUUUAUAGUGCGACUCGACUUUUUUGGUGGUGGUAUUAGUGUGGCGGAUAAGAGCAAAAUUGUGCAGUUAGUGAAGAAAGCACCAUAUUGACAGUAUGUGUAGUCUCUGACACAAGCAUCAGAUAAGGGGACAUCUGUGAAAUUAACGCUCAUAGCUAAACAUUUUGAAUUUUCUGAUAUUUGAAUAAAAAUUUCUGUUACUGUUAGAAAUUUUAAAAUUCUAGGGUAGCUCACAGAAAAAAUAAGUUGUAUGGUUGAAAAUUACGAAAAAAACUGUCUAUAGAACGUUGAAGCAGUUUUUUUAUUUGCCAAGUUUCGAUAUCGCACAAAGGAGGAUAUUAAGGUUAUCCCGGCAUGCAUUGCUAACAAAUUGUAUCAUCUAUAUAAACCGGUCCAGCAUGCUUUGCGCGUCUCAUGUAGAUUUCAAAAUGAACGCCAUAACGGUGAACAAACAGGGAAUAGGCUUUCUUGAACCGACAGAUAUCUUGUAUCUUUAUUGUGUUGAUUUUCAAUUUCUACUCGACUUUACUAUUACUUCGCUGCCGUUUAUGGAGCUGGAACUCGUUGGUGGACAUGUUAGCUUUCCUGACAAGUUACACGAGAGGAGAAUUGUACUUUUUCCAAAUGGGGAUAUAAUUCGUAACCUGUCGCAGCAAAUUUCCCCAUGUGCAAUCGAAAUUGUUACUUGUUGUCAUAUCACGGUAAGAUGUUUACUUUUUAUCAACUAUAUUCCUGGUGUUUUGGUAUUGUAGUAUGGAUAUUAGCCUUUUUUAUUGUCUCUUGAGAAUCCAAUUUCAAUUGAUAUUUAGUAAUAAAUAAUAGUAGCAAUAUUUUCACUGGGGUUUAAUAUAAUAUGCAUUUGGUCUCCAUGGCCCAUGGUAAUUAUAUAUUUGUGCAUAAACAGCUCAAAGAUGUACGUGUGUUAUCUUAAUGUGCGAUGUGUGUGGACCAAUACUAGGGUCAUGUAUCAGUCCAGUCCUGUCCAUUCUGACCCCCCACCCAAGUACACCCUUGUGUAUUUGUAAGCUUAUUUAUGCUUGGCCGUGCAGGGGGGAGAUAAUCCCUUGUAAAAUUUACUCAAAAUCUACGUGUCAUUCUGGGGCUAUUUACAUUAGAAAACAAACUGCAAAUGCUUUGGGGUGGCUUGAGGGAUGGGAAUUGUGAUGCAGGUAUAGAUUGAUUCCUUUAUUGAUUGAUAGGUUGGUUCUCGUCAAGCAGUACUGGUUUGGGAUUUCAUUGUGAAGGAUGACUUACAACCUGUUUCAACAGUUAAAGCUGUCCUACCAGUGGAAGAUGACGACUCUUACCCGACAUUGCCAUGGCUUGACAUAACCCAAACUAAUUGCAAUUGCAACAAAUACCCAACACGUGGUCUCAUUGUGCAGAAUAGCUCAAAUGAAUCUCAGUAUUUAUGUGAUGAUGGUGGCCAUUCUGAUGAUGGUGGCCAUUCUGAUGAUGGUGGCCAUUCUGAUAAUGGUGGCCAUUCUGAUGAUGGUGGCCAUUCUGAUGAUAGUGAAAUAAUUGAAUAUGCUGUCAAUGAUCACAAUGAUAGUUCAGUAACUGAUGAUGGACAAGUGAACAUGGAACACUUAGAUCACGUUGCAGAACAUGAAGAACAACAAUAUACAGAAAAAUUCAAGCUGAAAGGAACUAGCUUUCAUAAUCAUUUCCAAAGUGCAUUACGACAUUUUAAGUUCUGUCAACUGAGUGAACUAGAACCUCCAGCACUAUCACUACAUUUUGAGCCUGUAAAUAAACGGGAUGAAAAUGCGAUUGUCGUCAUUGCGGAAAUUGAUGGUACUACUGAUCCUAUAGGAUAUAUACCUGGUUCAAGAGUGGAAAAGAUAACCAAGGCACAUUAUUCACAUCAAAUAACAAAUAUACAGAUGUCAGAAAUUAAGAGACAGUACAAUUUUUAUGUUGGUGGUUUUGUCUAUGUCCCAGUUGUGUCCAUAACAAAAACAGGAAGAUGGCCACCAAACUCUAAUAAAUAUCGUUAUAAUUGUACAUUUUAAUUUUACAGAACAUUUUCAAUCUUUUGUAGUUUUGUGACAAUAAGUACCUUUCAUGAUCAUAUAUUUAAACAUUUAUGUUAAUUAACUUUGUUCAUUUUCCAUGAUGGGGGGUAGGCAAACUUCGUGGCGAUGUAGGCGUUGCCUAAUUGUAGGACAGUUACGGGAUGGUAGAAAUGCUCUCCCUGGUGCAAAUAUAGAAGCAUCCUCCCUCCUGUUGACUUUCAAACGAUGCAGGCGUAGUGGAUGGUGUCUUUCAUCAACAUUCUUUUCAACAUUUGGUUUAUGAUCAAAUGAUGGGAGAUCUUCUUCUGUGUAGCGUUCGUUUAGCGUCCAGUAAUAGAAUGGCAGUGUGUUAUCCAUCCUCUUACAGAAUUCCCUGAAUAAAAACAUAUGCUCACCCUCAAUAUUUUGAAUUCAAAGAGUUGGGGUCCAAAGUAUCGAACUGAUGUUUUGAGUAAAUACCCUUGCUUCACAUGGAACAAAUAAAUUUGCUGAGAACACAAGCCUUUUACCUUUCAUAAUAUAGCAGACUUCUAUUCUCCUAGAUAGCUGAAUUAAUUUCAGCCGGUUGUAAGCAGACUUUUACCUGACAAGUUUGGGCCAGUACUCUGUCCAGUCUUUCAAGGUGAAGGUAGUGCCAAGUUUGCGAUGGGCAAUGGAAAACAAUGUUUCCAGAUCAUCUGUUCCACCAGCUCUUGGAUGCUCAGCAUAUCCCAAUUCAUCAUUUUCUCUCCUUCUGAACUCUUGACUUUCAAUAUUUGUUGUCAUUUCAACAAGGGUUUCCCGUGAAAAGCCACAAAUAUUAUUUGUUGGUCUAUAAAUUGAAGAUGCACACUGCCAUUACAUACUGUACAUGCACAAAUGUACAGUAUUGUUUGAAUUUACAAAAGAUGCCACAACCAAUGGGAAAUUUCUCAAACUUGGCUCAAAUUAAAAAAUCACCACCACUCAUUCUAUAACUCUUCAGGAGUUCACAGAUAGCUGUAGCUAUAUGCAUAAAUUACCAUGUACAUACAUUACCUUUAUCACAUAUCAUAAUUUACAAUAUAUAAAAACAUAAUAUUUCAUUUAUACACAAUACUUUUUAACCCAUUAACCGCUCUUCCCUUGACGAGUAAAAUCGUUUGGCGUUAGACAGAGUAAAAUAUAAAUUAGGGCACAUCAUGAAGCAAUGCGACUCAAUGGGUUAAUUAGACACAUGGGCAGAUAACUGAAAUGAAUAUAACUGGAAUGCUACCUUAAGAUAAACUGCCAAUGAAUCUUUUUCUUGAAGCCAAAUCUGACCUCCUGACCAAGACACACAUGUUUAUACUAUGAUUGACUGCGUCAAUCGCAUUUGCUUGCGUGAAAAGACUGGGACUGGCCUUCAAAUUUGGCUUCAAAUUUCUUGUUGGAUAUAGCGUUCCACUUAUAUUCAUUUCAAUGGGGGCAGAUAUGCCAGUUAACCCAUUAAGUGCCAGCGUGUACAGUACCUGUUAAUGUCAAUAGUUGAGAAAUCAUAGCAAUCUUUGUGCCAUGGCAUCCAUUCGUCCGAUAUAUAAUUGAGCAUGUUGUAGUUGUAUCUACACCUUUGUAGUUGUGUUAGACUACGCCCAUCAGUAGCCUCAUGCCAAUUCACCAGCAGCUGUACAUGCCGAGCUUCUUUCUCAUGUUCACUUUUUUUGAGUGACCGAACAACAAAUUUCGAAACCAGUCGUUCUGCAUCAACAAGUGACUGCUUUCUCAAACCGAUAAGGGCUGCAUGUGUCAGGCCACUGCCAGGAUCAAGAAGAACAUCAUCAAAUGCUUCAAAAUUGAGACCUUGAUGGUUGCCAUCUCGAAUGCUCUUUACAGCUCGUCGGAAAAGGUGAUUAUGGUCACUCCGAUCAUGUCGUACAUCUUUGGUGAUUGGAUCUACCUCAGGAACAUAAAUGUAGAGGGAAAAAUCAACACCAUUUCCCUUCAGGUGUUUGAUCGCAUCUCUGUAUAUGCAUGUUGCAACCAAGCUCCUCAGCAUAUCAAGAAAAGAUUCUUCUGUAUCCUUUUUGAAUGGAUAUGGAGUAUAGCCCACUGGAACCAAACUAUUCCUGACUUGCUUCACUGCAUCUUGCAAGGUAAGGUUUUCAGAUAUUUGCAGGUUGUGGAUUAGGUUGAUAAAACUGUGUGGGAUUGCUGCAUUUGGUUUUUUCACCACAGGAUCUCCACAUUCACUUUCUGUAAAGAACAAAAAAAAUAUGCCCUUUUAAUGUAGCAAUGGUACAACACCAAUAUUCAUCCUUUUUUUAUUGAUAUUAAUCUUCAAUACAUAUAACUGCACUGAAAUUAUGUAUUAAUUCUACCAACAUGGCUGAUAAAUACAAAAUCUCACAAAAUUGAGUUAUAGUCUGAUAUUAGAACUAGUUGGACACCUACUGUAAGUAUGGUAAUUGCAAAAAUGACCCUGUCACUUAGGUAAUCUAGUCCAUGUUUGCAUACCCUGUAUAUUUCCUUCUUUUAUAAAUUGCUUACCUCCACACUUUAUCAGCAUUGCUAAGAGGGUUUUCUUUGACAUUUUCUGCACUGCUUCUUUGCUGUCAUGGAUUAACUGCCAAAUGUGCAGAGGUCUUGUUUCCCCUUGGCUCCUUAAUGAACAGAAUUCACCAUCUGUUACAGUACCUAGAGCAUACAAAAUAUAAAACAAUAAACAUCUGAUGUGACCUUUGCUAUUUUACUGCCCAAUGCAAAACAAUUUUACUCAUUAAGGGGAAAGUAUUACAAUUGAUGGGUUAACAAGACCACAGUGACUGCCCAUAAUUCUCUUGUUAACCCAUUCUCGUGUUAACACAAGUCUCGAUGAGACCUUUUUCGCACCAUCCUUUGCUAUUCAAUUAACACAUGACAAUAUACUUGUCAAGGGGGAAGUGUUUAAUGUACACUGUUAAUUAAGUGCCAGCGCUCUCCCCUUGACGAGUAAAAUUGUCUGGCGUUAGACAGAGUAAAAAGGGGGUGCAUCAAGGCCCAAUGGGUUAAUAAUCAAAUGAAUUGAAUUAUCUCUUGUCCAGCUAACAGUUCCUGCAAAUACAACAUGAACAAUUUAACUGUUAAAAUUUACAGUACUAUUAUACAGUACCAACAACUUUUAGUCCUCUUUCCACCAUCUUUCUCUUAAUAUCUCUGUUGAAAUAUCUGAUUUGCUGAACUUAUCAACGUCUGUCAAAUGAUUUUCAUACUGCUCUCUUAGCUUUUUCAAUUCUCCAUCAUUCAUAUCAACAUCUCCAUUCCACACACGGCGUGCAGAUUCCAUAAGUGCAGUCUUGAUGUCGGUGCCGUCAAUCUUGAUCCAAAAUCGGCCAUUUGUUUGUUUCAACUGAUCAAGAGCAGAAACCUUGAGAAAAAAAUACGAAAUUUCUUUUGGUUGUAUUUAAGGAUGGAGAGUAGCAGACAAAAACACGGUCUAUUCUUAAAAGAAACUUCAAUGUUUGUAAUGUAUAACAAACAUUAAAGAAUUAAAUUAGCUCAGCCAAUAAGUGUGAAGCUAGUUAAACAUGAUUGGCUGAUCCAAUUGAAACCUAUCAAAUGCUCUUGACAAACAUUAAAGUUUUGAUUGAGAAUAAACAAUGGUUUUGUGUUCAUCCCUAUAUGCAACUGACCAUAUUCUAUUUAAUUAAUCACACUUACCAAACAUUGCAGUACGUUCAAGCAAAAUGUUUUUUGAGCACAAAUCAAUACUCUAUUACUCUAGUUAACCCCUUUAAGCAAAUUUUGAAGUACAUUACUCUGAUCAAAAUUACUGUUGAUAAAAUGUAAUUAUCAAAGGCAAUACAGUGUGAAACAAGACUCAGUCAAUUGAACUGACAGACUCAAAUUGUGACUGAAGAAUUACCUGAAUAUCUGUAGUAGCGGAAAAACUAGUAUAUUUCUUGGACUUGCUCCAAUGUGACACAAGACUUGUACAUGGAACAUUGGUUAAUGCCUACAAAAAAAUUUACUUUAAUUUAAACAUUUAAAUGCCACCCUAAGCAAUUUACAGGCUUGUUGUUAUACGUUUAUCCAAAAAAUAUUAUCUAAUGUUAACUGGUACUGGUAUGAGUCGUAUCACAUUGCCUUUGUACAGUAUUUUGGUUCCGAAUGUAUAUUAUGAUUGAAAGUGACUAGAAAUUUGAUGCAACAUUUACCACUCAUUGACAUAGGAUUUGUCAAUCUGGUACUCAUUUUAAAUAAUUAAUAAGAUUAACAAAAAUGAUCUUCCUGAACGUUAGAACAACCAGUACCUUAUGUGGAUUCCCAUAAUAUUUUGUCUCCUGGUUGCUCCACAUAGGUCCAGCAAACAAGCGAUGAAAUCUACUAGGAAAUUCGGUUUCCAUUGUUUCCAGCCAAAUGCGGUAGUCCUCGGGCUCACAUAUCUUAAACAGUCAAUAGAUACAGUAGAAGUUAUUUAAAUAACCUGCUUUUCAGGACAAAUAGUGGUGUGUUACUUAUAUUAAGAGUGUUACUUGAAUGAAACAAAUUGCAGUACCUGUCUGGUGUUUGUGCAUGUGAAGAACUGUAUGACAUAAUCAAGCAGGCCAAAUGGCAUUCUGUCCAAUCUCAUCAAAUAACUAGACUGGUCAAAAUUAUUCACAUCAGUCAGCAUUUGGCAGAACUUAUAGACGAGAUUACAUCUGCUUUCAGCUUGCAGUCGUUUCAUGGCUUUGAUUGAUGUUGUAAUAAAAUGCUUUGGAUUUGAACGUAUUCCUUCCAUUACCGCAAUUUUGAAGUAUAGUUCAUCUAAAUGUUUGCUGAAUAACUGCUGUUCAGUUGUUUGACAAAUACCAACUUUUUCAUUUACUUUUGUAAAUAGCUUAGUUAUUAGUGAUAAUAGUUCACAUCUAUCAUCGUAAAUCUCAUGUAUGCAUUCCAUCUUUUCAUCUUCAGUUAGUGUUUCCAUAUACUUUUUUAUUAACAAAAUCUUGUCAUCCUUCGUUAGAAUCAGAGGGUCAACAUUUCUUCGCACUUGCUCUGACAUCCUUUCUGAAUUUCUCAAGUUGGUACAUGGUGUUUCAGUGCUCAUGUAGUGACUAACAGUCAGACCAAGAUUGUCCUCAGCAUUGUCAAUGGAUGAAAACUUGGUCUUGAGGAAAGACACUCUUGAACGUAUAGACAUUGCUAGAGAAAAAUAUAAAUUAAUUAAAGUGGAAAAAGUAUUGUGUUACUCUAACUAAAUGGUUGAUUAUGCAUCACCAUGCACCUUGUAAAUGUUAAGUGUGAGCUAGGUGGUUGCAAACACAAGGGCAUUCAACAUUUUUUAUUGAGGUGACAUCAUAUUGGCCACUCUUGGGAUGAUAGUCACUGUGAAAUCAUAAAAAAGGUGAAUGUCACACAAUAUCAUCAGACCCCCAGGCCACAGCACUGUAAUAAAAUAUCCUCUCUCUGGGGAUGGCGGUUGAUGUCGAAUUUCCCACCUACAGGGGUAUAUACGAUGUCAAACCCUUCAGGAUUUCCCAUUCUCCUCCCCUGCAGCUUAACAUUGACAGGUGCAUUACAGACAAUCAUAAACAUGUUAACCCAUAAAAGCAAAGAAGCAUGAGAUAACUGCAAUGUGACUUACAAGGUCUGACAUGAACCGUUGGUGCAUUUUCUUUAAUGAAUUGUGCAGCUUUCUCCCAAUAUUUAUGUUGCACUCUCAUACUUGGCCAGUCACUACUGGUAGGUUGCAGAUCUCUGUGGAGGGCAAUAAACUCAAUUAAUGACUUAUCUUCUUCUGACGUCCACACAUUUCUUUUUUGUUUCGGAGAGAAUGUUAGCUGCUUUGGUGAAUGGCGCCCCUUGGCUCUUGUUACGAGGUAUUUCGCUGCCUGUGAGAGGGAUUGAUAUAAUUUAAUACUAUAUUAAACAGUCAUUAUUCAUACUAAUUAAUAUUAAACCAUAUAAUUAUACAUAUUAAACAUACAUAAAUUUUAUUACGAAUUAACGUAAAAUCAUUUGCUUACUCUCUGGGCAGGAGAUUGCUGCUUUGUAAAAGUUAAUUUUUUAGCUGAUUUUAAUGGACUUGGACCAACGAGAGAUCUUUUCCUCGGUGGUUUGUGGGGCGUGCUACCAGAAGGGACAUAGCUUCUUUUGUCUGCGACGUUCGCAGCAUCUUCGUUUGUACCGUCAUCCUAAAGCAAUAAUUGAUGCAAUAAUUAUGACAAACAGUGCGCAUUAUACAUGAAUGAGUGCGAAUUGACCACUUGCGUAAAAUACACUAUAUUUUGAUUUAAACAAGUCUAGACAAAAAUUUCAUCACAUCUUGAAAGAGCAUCAAAAAAUUAUUUAUAAUAUUCCAAUGUUUCUUUGCGCAAUGUUGUAAAAUGCGGAUAAUAUAGCCUUGCCAAGUUUGCGAUUUUCAGUCAUUUUGGAUAACAAGCGGGAAAUUGACAGCUCAACUGCCCUUUCAUGGCUUUUUUUACGAGACUUCUAUCGCGAGUUUAAUGGCGCCACAUGGCGCAUUUUUAAUACUGGCUGGAUGGCGCCGACACAUGAAGCAUUAUUUUGAUGGUUUUCAUUUGUCAAAACGACUGCCUAUAUUAGGGUCUUUUAGGGUCUUUUUUGUAUGAGUGAGAAGUAAAAAUGCCAUAGUGUGUUAGUGUUUAAUGCUUGGUGGAAAAACUCCGAGCGUAGUGUAGAUAUUUGCAAAUGCGUUGUCGGUAUUUUUGCGAGCUGAUGCUGCGGACUACCUUGCUUGCUCGGGACCUUGGAUAGAAGGUUGGAAGAGACGUCGCGUAAAGUUGUUUUGUGUUAUGAGCUGCAUUUGCAUGCUUUGCUAGAACUAUUAAUAUGUAUAAGAUACGGUUUACUUACCAUAUUUUGCAUUUCUUUGUGACAUAUAACGUCAUUGAGUUGACCAUAUGAAUUAUGCAUGACCUUUCGCCAUGUUUGUUUUGCGCUAGCUGGAGUCGCGAGUGGUGACGCGAUGCAUGCCGGGAUAACGUUAAUAUCCUCCUUUAUAUCGCACAAAAUAGAUGAAAAAUAGGUGCAAAGACUGGCACUAGCUUCAAAUCGCCUUUUUUAACAAGUUGCAGCUCAGGAAAUAUUUGGAAAAUCAAAAAACUGCUUUAAUGUUCUAUAGACAGUUUUUUGUGUAUGUUUCAACCAUACAACUUAUUUUCUCUGUCAGCUACCUUGGAAUUUUAAAAUUUCUAUCAGUAAUAGAAAUGUAUAAUAAAAUGUCAGAAAAUCCAAAUUUUUGGCUGUUAGCGUUAAUUUCAGAUGCCUCCAUAUCUGAUAUUCAUACGCUUGUGCCAAAGUCUACACAUCCUGUCAAUAUGGUGCUUUCUUCACAAAAUGCACAAUACUUUCACUUAUCCGCCCCACUAUAUAGAAGUAGAUGAGUUAUGAGUGUUCAGAGUACACGUUGCAUCUGCACAUUCGUCAUCCACUCUUUCACUUCCAUCAGGAAGACAAAAUUGCACCUAAAAUCGCUGCAAAAAUUUUCAAACGUAAACGGGCGUUAACGUAUGGAAUUGACUAUUUGAAAUUGAGAUGUCAGAAAAGUUACUAGAAAUACAUCGCUCUGAUUGCGGUUAUAGUUAGCAGCGGAAAUAGAAGCUAAUAAUUGUGGAUAGCGGAAAAGAAACAUGAUAUACUUUCCCUUCAUGUUUUAUAUAUCUAUAAGGCGCUUCAAAGUUACUGCAACGAGUUCUUAAAUCCGUUGCCGUAACUACAUGCAGGCAGUGUUAUAGGUGAUUUUGGCACCUACUGUAUCUCUGGUUUUGGUUGGCAGUGGAACAAACAAAAUUAUACCAUCCUGCCAAAACUCAACUUCAGAAGAAGUGUCACACCAUUGUAUCGCAGGCUUUUGUUAUUGUUCUUAUCGUUAAUACCUACAACAAACAAACAAACAAACAAACAAACAAACAAACAAACAAACAAACAAACAAACAAACAAACAAACAAACAAGCAGCGUUAAAAUACCUUGUUUGGUACAUUGCCAAUAAGAAUCGGAUAAAGGAAGCAAAGACUCUGAAAGGAAGGUUUAGAUAUACGAUGAAAUACAAAAACUUUCGCCGAUCUAUUGAUCUAGGCCUACUUGGCCGCGCCAGCACGAAUUUGAGCCCGUAAUACCAUGGUGUAAGAAGAAAUUCAAUUGGCGAUUUUUAUAUAAGCCACAUGGCGCUUAUAAUCUUGUGAAUCAAAAUGUACGAUUCUGUAUGGGGCGGCCAUAAGCAUGCAUCUAACCAUUGUUAAUAGAAUAGAUGGUUUGGAAACUCAUUAGAAUAACAAUAUCACUCAUUAUCUAUGUUAGUCAACGUUUAUUCAUAAAUCUGGUCCUUCACCGGUACCGUCACGUGCGUAUUGUAUUUUUGCCCAACUAACCAAUAGCAAUGUUUUAGGAAAGUUACCUAUCCGUGACUCGAACAAUUGGGAAAAUUGGAAAUUGCUAUUCGUGGAUUUGGCAAAAAUACAAUACACAUGUGACGGUGAAGGAACAUAUUUAUGAAUAAACGUUGACUAACAUCGAUAAUGAGUUAUAUUGUUAUUCUAAUAAGUUUCCAAACCAUCUAUUCUAUAUUAACUAAGAUCAAACUGAUAUGGCUUUAAAUGCAUUCAUAUUUGGGUACUUAUUUCAACUUAUACUGCCCCCUUAAAGGGGUCGAAAUUUAAUUUUUUUUUUGUACUGUAGUAUAUACAGCCGGAAUAGAAGAUUUUGAAAUUUACUAUUCCGUCUGAAGAUCCACUAUUCCUUAAUGUACUGUUUCUGAGAGCCUGAUCAUGCAGGGUCCGCGCUAAUGUUCUGAUUUUCGUGAAAUCAUCCUUGAGACUCCUAAAGUGAACUGAAUAAUUGAAUAAUAAAAAAUAAACAUGUACAGUGCAUUGCUUUGUAGAGUGAUGAACAAAUUAUUAACAAAAAACAAAACAUCUCACAUUCAAUGAAUUAUCUCAAGUCUAAUAAGUCCACAUAUCGAUAUAAGUCCACAUAACAGCAUCUUUUUACAAUUUUUUGGACGAAGGUCGUAAAUUUGCUUUAUAAAUGAUAAUGUUUAUUUUGAAAAAUUGCUUUUCACAUUGUUAUAAUUGUCGGCAUUGGUUAACGAGAAUUAGAUGCCACUCAAAAAUGGCGGAUAUUCGUCAUCGUGAAAAAGGCUAAUUAACGACAAUCUGAAUUAUCUGUUCAUGUACAUUAAUAUACAUCUUCAGACUGGCCAACCACUAGCAUGAACAUUUUUCUACUAUACAAACGGAAUACCGUAAUCAUGAAGUUUACUAUUCCGUCAGGCAUUUUACUAUAUUUGGAAUAGCGGGAAUUUCGACCCCUGCCUUUUGAGAAAGUCCUGCGUACGGUUCUGAAUUGACCGAAGUACUUUAUGUAAUAUACGUAUCAUACACUUCUCAUCUAUAGCGUGCAGUGAACGAGCAAUCGUACGAAAUUCAACUUUCCAAUCUAACGAAAUCUCUACAAACCAUGGAAGAACAGCUUCGACAGAGUGACGAGGAAAAGGUACAUACUCGAAACUUGACAAACUAACAACAUGUUGCCAAGUUUGCUACAAGCAUGUUGUGAACACUUCAUGAGAUUUUUACCUGACUUUGUACUGGGCUGCUUGGUUUUAAACAUUCUAAGCCAUGUUGGCUUUUACCCUCAUAGUAAUAUGGCUAAACCUUUCCUCUUUUGUUCUAAUGAACAGAUGAAAUAUUAGCAGACACCGGUGCAACCCCCCUCCCCCAAUAUAUUUUGAAAGCCUAUAUUUUGAAAGUUCGUGUCGGCGACAUGUCAGAACACGUAAAAUAAUAAACAUGUAACUGUAUUAAUAAUACUGUGCGGUUAAGCUCUUAAGUUCUAACCGUCAUAGAACAUUCUCCAUAAAUUCAUUAUAUUUGAAAGGCACGAUCCAUGACACAUGCGUCUCAUUUCUAAAUUUUUUCAUUCUUCUUUUAACUCUUCCUAUAUGGGUUAAGGUCGAUCAUAUAUGUUGAUUUACCCCAAAGCCAUAUGUUUACACCAUGUGAUUUUUCGUGCCAUAUAUAUAUAUAUAUAUAUAUUUGGCUGAUAAUUUGCGAAAUAUUGUGGGGGGGGGGUUAGGUUGCAAACAUAUGACCACCUUUUGUACAGCCUUAAAUUCCAUGCAAUUUAGAAUUAUUUGCAGCCUACCAAUAGUUUCAUGGUUGAAAAAUUGUUACAGGCUUAUCACACAGUUAUUCAGCUAUCAUUCAAAGUCCCUUCUCCGGCACAACAAAACUUGAAAAGUUCCGGAAAUCGUGCGACGAUUUUACUCAUCCGCUGAAUAGUCCACGGAUGCAAACUUCAAGUGUUAUUUUAGAGCACUAAUUCUUUAAAGGAUUGAAAAUGAAGGAACUUCAAAAUUUUUGGUAUUUGAAUUGCAUGGAAGACUGCUACAUUUGAUUGUGACUAUCCAUGACCUGUUUUAUAUUACAGGAAGGUUUACUUGCUGAUCUAUCUGCCGUUCGUGAACUUUGCGUGAAGCUUGAUCAGAUGAGAGAUUCAUUAUCCAGACAAGUAGCUUCAAAGUCAAUGGAUAAAGAUGAGGUGAUAAUGCAAAUAAAAUGAGUAAUAAAACAAAUUAAAGUGUUUGAACGAGUUUCAAUUAUCUUACUGAAGAAGUGUAUGAAAUAUGCUCAGCGAUGCACAAACGAGGCAUGGGCGGCCCUGAUCAAGGUUUAUCGUUUACUUUCUACACAAUUUUUUGCAGUCAAAGACCGACUGAGUAUAUAAGCUAGUCAAGGAUAAAAAAUACUCGUAAGAUAUCGUGUUUAGUCCGUGUGUUGUGACCUCGAAAAGUGCCCAGAAAACAAUUUUCAUUAAGCAUGUCUUAGAACUGAAAUACUUUUACGGGAACUAACACUUUCGAACACGCUGAGUUCAAAUCCGAAAAGUUCCCACUCCGUAGACCCGCAGUUUUUUCACAAAAUGCUAUUUUAUCUUCACUAAUUUCACAGCAAAUUUUUUCAUUGUUCAACCUCACGGGUCGAUGACGAUACACUAUUAUGUCACUCAAAAGGACCAAUUUCUAUUAACCAUUCUUCCUUUUAACAAAACACCGGUUUUGCUCGAAUCAUUUUGAGUUAUGUAAUCUUAUGCGUGUUGGACGUAAACAACAUAUCUUGUCUACAACUUUGAGAAGGUACAGAUAAUUCUUUAUAAUAUUCUUAGUUCUGGAACUAUCUCUAUAAAAUCAAAAGGACGUUAAUGUCAAAUCUUUGGGCUAUGUCUCUGGGCUGAGAAAUAAUUCCUUACAUGGGAUCAAAAUGUUUUAUACAAAGAUAUAAAACGGGAAUCUAUAUGUAAUGGAUCAGCAUGGAAAUUUCCAACACGGUUUCCAAGACGUAAUUCAAGAGAUAACUUAUCAUUGCAUUUGAACUAUUAUAUCAGUUGGUGUUAUACUGUGCGAUAAGCGAGUAUUAUUGGAAAGAGGGCUUCUAUAUUCGUCGAAAUCAUCGAAUAAACAGCUCAUGGACACAUUUCUCCACUUCGCGGUAAGUUUACAGAGCAUAUUUUAUACGUUGUGACUGAUCUUUGUCUUUGAUGUGAACAUUUAUUCUUAUAGCUUAAGGUUAUUUAAGAUUGAUCCUGUCGUAAGUCUUCUACCUGCAAGCAUUCGACAAUAUUUCGUUUUAACGUUGUCUUUGCCGUUACGUUGGCUUUGCGUUACUUUUGUUUUAAAUAUCUUGAUCGCGUUAAAUUAGUUACUUUUCUCGCCAGUGACAUAGCUAAAAGACUUGACAUUAAUGUCCUUGUGAUUUUAUAGAGAUAUCUCUAGAACUGAGGGUUUUAGAAAGCGUUAUCUGUACCUUCUCAAAGUUGUAGACAAAAUAUGUUGUUUACGUCCAACACGCAUAAGAUUGCAUAACUCAAAAUGAUUCGAGCAAAACCGAUCUUUUGUUAAAAGGAAGAAUUGUUAAUUGAAAUUGGCCCUUUUGAGUGACAUAAUCUUGUCUCGUCAUCGAUCCGUAUCGUUGAACAAUGAAAAAAUUUGCUGUGAAAUUAGUGAAGAUAAAAUAGCAUUUUGUGAAAAAACUGCGGGUCUACGGAGUGGGAACUUUUCGGAUUUGAACUCAGCGUGUUCGAAAGUGUUAGUUCCCGUAAAAAUAUUUCAGUUCUAAGACAUGCUUAAUGAAAGUGAACGAUAUCGGGUCACAACACACGGACUAGUUGCACUAGUGUGAGAAUCACGACGGCACCUGUAACUAUAGAGACUCACCUUUAAAUACUGGGAUCAUGCAGCUAAAUUUAUGCUUUUUAUACACUUUUUGUGUCAUUGAGCUAUUUUAUAUUCUGCUCAUAUACUUAUUUCUCUUUUUAAACAAACCACUAUAUUUUUAACAGAAAAUGUAUUCAUGGAAACUGAGAAAAAUGCCUAAUUAGCUGCCGUGGUUCGUGUCCGAACUUCCCAACUCCCCAUCCCACGUAACUAUCCGUAUCUUUUUGAUAUACUUAAAUAAUGUCGAGUUUCCACUUGUAUAAGCUUACAUGCGCUAACGCAUGUCCUUGUAUAACUGGGUUAUUGGCUAAAACUGUUCAUUUAUUUUCUUCUAAUCUAGUUACAUCAAAUGUUUAGUGAUGCUCAAGAGGAAAUUGAUACACUAAAGAGCCAGGUAAUAAAUAUCAUUACUUUAUUAUGAUUUCUAAAAUUAGUUUUGAUAAAUUGGACUCUGCUGUAAAGGCGAAGUAGUAUAAAUAGUAUAGAGCUGUGCGGUUAACCGAAAAAAUCGGUUCUUCCGGUACUUUUUUCAGCACCGAAAAAUUAUACGCAAUAGAACCGGUAGUUUCGGUUUUAAUUUCCCGUUUAACGCCCUCCAAACGCCCACCUGAUUGUAGGUUGAAAUGUUUGGAAAAUAUAACAAGAUUCUGCUCUUUGUGCACAAUAUGCACUGUACUAAGUGCUCAAAUAGUUGAUAUUUUAGUUGUGAUAGUUAUUGUUGUGAACUUGCUUUAAAUUUUUUAAAAACUAAAAAAUAUUUCAUCUUCAUAAAUAAAUUCCAAUUGUUCUUUUAAAAUAUUCAGAGAUUUAUAAAAACUUAAAAUACAAAACAAUAGAUACUCCGAAAAUUGAAAGCAUUUUGAAAAAUUUAUUUCGGCGUUUCGACUAAACUAUAGUCAUCAUCAGGAAAUGAAUAAAUGAAUUCUUCGACUAAACGAUAGUCAUCAUUUCAUUUCCUGAUGAUGACUAUAGUUUAGUCGAAACGUCGAAGUAAAUUUUUCAAAAUGCUUUCAAUUUUCGGAAUAUCUAUUGUUUUGUAUUUUAUCAAAAUACUCAGUGGUUCCCAUAAUUUAUAAAAACUUACAAUUAAGGCAUAAAUUCAUCUAUUUAGUAAAAAUGCUCGAAACAUAUACAUAAAUGAGUUCUUACCAUAGAUAUCUUAUAUACACUAGAUAGUGCAUCUAAUUAUUCUGCAAUUUAAAAAUUGAAGCCGUGAUUGCAGUCUCAUGUCGUUCCCAUGAAAUGAGAAGAUUCGUAUGUUUUCUAUUUCUUAAACAGGGAACUUAAACAUUAAGUUAACCCUAUUCCAAAUACGUUUUUAAACUAUUCAAAUGAUGAAAGUUACUGUUGUUUUAAAGCGUUUAUUAGCAAGUGGGAACGACCAACAUGGCCGCCAUCUAUUCAAAUGGGGGAAACCGCUGGAAUAUUCUUGGCUUCAAUUUUACUAAAAGAGAUGCGCUAUCUAGUGUAUAUAAGAUAUCUAUGGUUCUUACAUUUGUACUGUUCUUCUUUUUUGAAAAUAACCGAAACCGAACCGAAUCGAGGUGUUUUUGUUCCAAAAAAACCGAAACCGGAACCGAGAUAAAAUUUUUGGAACCGCACAGCUCUAAUAAAUAGCCUAUAAAGUAUGACUGGCGUGCUAUAAAAUUUAAUGUGACUGGCGUACUACAAUCCUAUCAAUCAAAAGCACUUAAGGGUAGAAAACGAUAACGUUUCUUCACAACAUUCAUAAUUAUUAUACAUUGUAGUCCCUAUAUGUAUCUUCUAAUUGGCCAAUAUCUCACAGCUAAAUAUUAAAAUCUCGCAACCUACAUGCACACAAUCUCGUACCCAGAGACAGACACAUAUCACAGUUAUAUAUGCUACCAGAUGACUGAGUUAUGUGUAGGUUGAGCCCGCGGUAUGUAAGUUUAUAGCAAGCUGCAGUUUUUGAUACACGAAUAAAAACAAGAAAAAACAACAUGAACGAACAGCAUUUUUGUGGAUAUUUUUUGUGCUUGUUGACAUUUUUUAUACCAACUUUUAUUUGCAGGAAAAUGAGUUUUCUAAUAUUUUUUAUGUUGUUAUUGUGAUAUUUUAAAUCGUUUGCACUGCUUUUUUAUGAACUAAACGUUGUUUUUGUGCGAAAAACCAUUGUUUGUCGAAAAAGAUAAUGAAAAAGCAGUCUAUAAUAAAACAGUUAUUGAAUAGCAGUUUUUGCGACAUCUCGAAUUAUCUCGACAUCUCGAAUGUGUCACUCUAUACCUUGAUAAUUCUGAACAUCACAAAAACCUCAUGGAUAUAGUGAUUGUUCUUCCACUGUAUUUUUCAAGUAAUAAACCGCGACCUGCAUAUCAGUUGUUACUGUUCAACUUCUAAAAUAACUACCCGUAAAUUAUUAAUUAAUAAGGGCCGUCUAUUAGAUGGGAAGGGGGGGGGAGUUAUUUACAUUGGAUUGCAACCAAUCCCCUGAGGCCGGUUGUAUAAACAUGCAAUUAAAGUUAACUAUACUGUUAGUGUAAAAGGUAUCCAAUCAGAAUCGCGUAUUUAGAGAGUUGACUACUAUAUUUAACUACAAAACCGGUAGUUACAAAGUAGGUAAUUAAGCAUUUUAUGCAACUGGGAUGUGUUGUAUAAAAGUUUAACUACAGAAAGUUAACCAAACAAAAUCGCGUAUGUUAGAGUUAUACUACUAUAGUUAACUACAAAAUAGUAGUUAAAAAGUAUAGUUUUAUACAACUGGCCCCUGGGAUUCAAAGACCGAAUAGAUUUAUGUGAAAUGUGAAUUGAAAACAAGGAACAUCCUGACGACGAGCAGUCAAACUGCUCGCAACGUAGCAAAUUAAAUAAAAUAUUAACCUUCAGAAUCGGAAUUCUUGAAUUUAGUUUACAAAAUAAAUGUUUAUAAUGAACGAAGGUGAAAGUUUUAGAAGAAGAAUUAAGGAACAUCCUUUGUCAAAUUAGUGGUGGUUCUUGUAUCGUUUGUGUUCUGGCGUUAAUUAACUAUGUUUAUGAAUGUAUAGUAAUUAGUAUAAGAGUAAUGCACUUUUUGUGUUCUUCAGGUUUUUCACGAGAAGUCAAAUGUUAAAAGCCUCGAAGGCAUUCUUUCUGCUACAAGAAGUCGGGUUAGUUAUUUAAAGGCCCGUUCAAAUGGACCUCACAAUGUUGCGCCACCAACAGCAUAUCCAACAAUUUUCAAACAAUGCUUUAUACUGUUUCUUUUGCAAAUAUUCUAAAGCACGUAUUCCCAAUUUGGAUAGGUCUGAUGAUUUUAUGAUAUUAUAACAUUGUUGCAUGGUUUUUACACUAACAUUCUUUAGACUUUGUUUUCAAUACGUUCAUCUGAUUGGUGUAUUUUUUGUCACGUGAUCGCUUUUAUAUUCACUAGUAUAAAAGCUCAUGUAAUUUUCCCGAUCCACGCUUCCCGACGAAGGGCUUCACUCGAAACGUCGAAGUUCUGCUUGUAUUUUUCAAGUAUAGUUGUAUCUCUAUCAAUCCACAACAUUGGUGGCUCCAUUUGAACCGGGCCUUAAAGCUAUCAUGAAAUUUAUAUUUUUGUUAGAAGGUCCAUCCAUUUUUUUUAUUAAUAAAAUAGAAUUUAUUAAAUUUAGUAAUUAAAUUAAAUUAAUGAAAUUAAAAUUUUCAAUUUUUUUAUUUUUAAAAUUUGUUUUAUUUCUUUGUAAGAAGGUAAUAGUAAUUCGUGUUCGACGGUCCUUGUCAUCUUUUUUAUCUUUAGUCAUUUCUCGCAUGCUUCAUAACUCCUGCCUAUCUUAUAUUAAUUAUUCAUAACUCCUGCCUAAGUUUUAAUGUUAUAUUUUCCCAAUUUCUGCUGGGUUCCACGUGUUAGCUUACCUCACUUGCAAGUUAUCCGUAUGGGCUUCUUCGACUAAACUAAGACCAAUUUUAGUUACAAGGAAAAGUGCAUUCUUAAAACUAUAUACUCUUCACCUAACAUGCUUUGCAGGAAUAUCUAGACAAGAAAUCUCUUGAAGACACUCUUGAUGAAGUUGAUCAACUUCGAUCCAGGCUUUCAACGUCAGAUAAAGACAAGUUUGUAACUUUUUUGUGUUAUUUACUUAUGACCCAGGGAAUAUUUAUUAGCAUGUCUAUGUAUGUGUUAUUUAAUGGGAGCUAGACACGCAUUGACGAGGUACUCUGUUGAAAUUCAAAAUGUGUAUAUAUAGUUAUGUGUAUAUAGCUACAAGAUGAUUCGUUAAUCUUCAAUGCAAAAUUUCGUAGUCUUAAUUUUGUGACUUAAAUUGGUCAUAAUUUUUAUUUUCGCAUUUUUGUGUUUCUCUGCAGUAAGUAGUUUCUGUAUAGAUACACUAUAGGUGUUUCCAAUGUCGUCCUAAAUAUGCCAAAACAGUGCGUGACUGCAUGGCAUCAUGGAGAAACGUGGCAUUUCUAAAAACUAGUAGAACAUCCAGAAAACAUAAACUUUAUAUUUUAAUAUUUAAAUAACUGACGAUAUAUUAAUAUUUCAACAGAGAAUCGACAAAAUGCAUGUCCACACAAAAUUGUUCCUCACCAAUGAGUAAGGGAAAAUUUUGUGUGAACAUGCAUUUUGUCGAUUUUCUGUUGAAAAUUAGCAAAAUGUAUGGCAGCCAUGACUGGAUGCGCACUUGCCCCAUUUGUUUUGCACUCCCGCCAAUAUGGCGGAAUCUACCUUGAAAACGUGUAUUAGAGAUUUUUAUUAUAUUUUCCCAUGUAUAAAUUGGAAAUAGUAUCAUAUAUAACGCCAUAAUCAUGUGGUCUUGUGACACAUAUAUUAACGCACACUAUUGCUCAUGGAUACGUUUGGUGCACAAUUGGUUCACAGGAAAAAAUGUGUUUCAUUGUCCGGUGAACAAAGACUUUACAAUUCAUACUGGGAAUCACAUUUCCUUGACUUAUUGCUUUUCAAUAUUUUUAGGCUUUUGCAAAGACAAGAACUUCAGACAUUGAGGACGACGUCAGAAAGAUUAUCAAGUGAAGUCAGUGAACUGCGGAAACAGCUCAUCUCAGAAAAAUACGAAAAGUAUGUUUACCAUGAUCAUUGGUAGUUUUGAGUACUAUAUCCACGAAAAAUUUUAAAUUUGCGAUAAUAUUACGAAAUUUGGUCAAAUAAUUGGAAGUGUCGCAGAUGUUUUCUCCAGGAUUGUAUCUGUAUAAGUAAAAACCUAUUCCGAAUAAUAAUGCCAUCCUGCAUUCCUGCAUGUCAACUCAGGAUAUGAGUUAUUUAUUUAUUCUUAUAUUUCUUAAAAUUGUUGGAUGGUAGAGGAUUUUGUAGCUGUAAUUCUGUAAUACAGUAUAUCGUUCUACGAGUAUUCAUCAAAACUUUUAAGUCUACACAAUUAUUUCCCAUGAGUUACAAUUUUGUAAAAUUUAGCUGCCAAAAAGCUAACCCAUAUUAAGUUAUAUUUAGACAUCACUUCCUAAAUCAGACAUCACUUCGUAAAUCUGGCGCGUGUAUUCUUUCGAAAUAAGUUUAUGUAAAGUUUCUUUCUUUAUUUCUUUAAAGUUUCACAAAGGCCACGAGCGUUGUCAAAGCUUUAAAUAAUAUGAAAUAGCCCAAUCCGAUACACAUGCGCCCGAUCUUUUUUCCAGAUCCACCCAGAGAUCUAUACCUGUAUAUAUUAAAAGCGUCGAGUUUAAUGGGGCACUUUCCUUGCGAUAAUAUGGAGCACUUUCCUUGCGAUAGUAACUCCUAGUUCAGUCAACCAAAUGAAAACUAUUGUAAUAAUCCCAGUAAUGCGUGAAACUGGGAUUAGGAAAUGAUAAGAACGUAGUUUUAUAUGUUAAGGAAAAAAAAUGUGGGUUUCUUAUUUCUUCUUGUAAAAACUUACGUAGGUCGUAAACAUUAGGGUAGGUCGGUUUUAACUUUUUGUAACUAAACUUUUUUUUAAUUUUCCUAUUAAGACUUGCACAUAUGACAAACCACGGUUAAUACUAUUAACUGUGGACAAACGGACGCCAUGUUUGUUUAGUCAAUGUUUCCACAUCCAAAGAUAAAUUUCCCUAAUAUUGCCUCAAAUUUCCAUGUUCCACAAAGGUUUUCCUCUAAGUGGAACCACUGCACUUACAAGCAUGAUCCAAUAACAACGUUUAGGGUCGGGAUUUCGGCGUUCAAAAGCUAGGUAGGGUCGGGAAACCGCAAACCCACAUAUUUUUUUGGUCUAAUCAUGCAGGAUCCCCAAUAAAAUUUUGAGCAGGAGGCUUUUUGAAAGACGUAGGCGGCUAUGUGGUGAUGAAGGUUUCAUGCACUCGCCACUCAUGAGGGGAUGCGAAGGAGUCUCCUUCAAAUUUAGACCAUCGAGAUCUGAAAUGGCAGUUCCAGCCACUUUGGAGAAUAGUUUCGGCGUUUUUGUCAUAUUAUCCAAAAAUUCCACAACGAAUGUAAACUAUAUGUUAUAUAAAAGUAAGAAUCCUUUCCGUUUCCAUUUCUGUGAAAUAUUUUGGGUUAUAAUUUCGAUAAAUAAUCGGCGAAAAUCGCCGGGUGCAUGCCGGCUACUAUUGAGAACCCUGCUUAAUGUUCUUGGCAAGAUAACUGAUUAUCCAAACAAGAUAACUGAUUAUCCAAAUAAGUUGACUAUCCUUUUAAGCAAAUCUCCCCCUUUUCAGUUGCAUGAACAGCACUCUUUUUUCAAACCCUGAUAUCCUUUUAAUUAAGCAAAUUAUGACAUAUAUUCGACCCAAAAAGUAGAGCGCGAGCAGUCCCUCGGGAGAGGGGGGAACCGCCAACAACACAUCAAAAACGAAAUACGCCCACUUUUCGCUCUUGUCAAGUUGGCUCCGCCUUUGCAUAAACAUUACUUAUAUCCAAUUAAAUCUAUCCAAUAGGAACCGUCAAUGUCAUGUUUAUUUAUAAAAUCAACAUUCAGUCUGGAAAUUAUAUAUAGCAUAAUUACUACGUUUGAGAUUUGAUUGACAGGCGUAUCGAUUUCGACCAAUGGGAAUUUUGUGUUGUGUGGGCAACGCGUCUUUCGUUUCUUGAUGUGUUGUCGGCAGUCCCUCCUUUCCGUUCCAAUGCCCGGAAAUCUAAACCAGCGGAAAGGAGGGACCGCUCGCAGUCUAUCCAAAAAGGUUAAAGACUGGAAUAUGCAACAGUAAAGGGGUGAAGAUAAUUGUGUUGCCAACCUAGAUUUUGAUUCCAAUUUUUCACGAAUUGUCUGAGACUGCAUGUGUUCCCCUCACAACAUAUACUAUUUUUAUUAUUUCUAAUGUUAAUAAUUUCAAAGGAGUAACAUUAUUUUCGUUUGAAGAGAGAGGGCAGCAAGAAGGAAGUCGGCGCCAAUAAAAUCAGGAAAAACAGGUGAACACUUAUUUGUUGCAAAAAUAAAAGGGAUUCAUAUGAGUACCCAUUUGGUGUUAUGUGGCCGCUAUGUAAUUUCUCAUUAAUAAGUCUAUCUAUCUAUUUACCUAAAGUGUAAUAUUAUUUCCAUUUUUAUGUAAUUUCUCCACUGUAGCCACCAGCAGAAGUUCAGUGGAUCGUGGACGUGGUGAUAGUGAUUUUAUGCAAACAUUGCCCCGAGGAAGGUCAUCUCCAUUAUCAUUUCUAGGUACUCGUCACGACAGCGUUAUAUCGCCGAUAAACCACCAUGAUAAAGACUUAUAAAUAGCAACCCGUAUAACAACUGUUCUAAAUAUGUCAUCCCUAUAUUAAGCCACUUAUAUGUCAUCCCUAUUAAGCCGCUUAUAUACAGCCAAUUCAAAAAAGGUUGUCUUUUGCAAACCUUAAACUCUAAACCUUAAAGCGCGCAAAGCUUAAUAGGUGCACAGGUUUCAAGCUUAUAGUAGUUGAAUAGUGCAGCUAUUGUGAAUGAAUUGUUCUCGUCAGGAAAUAUUUACCAUGUCUCUAAGAAAUGGGCCCCAUGCAUAUAUGAUUUCUAAACUGAAUAAAUUAUGUUCCCUUUAAGCUCUGCACGCUUAGAGUUUAAGUUUGCAAAGAAAGGACAACCUUUUUUGAAUUAGCUGUAUAUGCAUUGGUAGAACUGUAAAAUACAUUUGCUGUAUAUAGGAUUAACUACAGUUAGUGACGCAUAGUGAGAAUCGAAACUAAGCUAAUUAACCUAUCACAAUUAAAAUAGAGAUUGUUACUCUUAAACUAAAAAACAGAGACGUUUGUUCUAAAGCCGGUAUAUGCUUACCUUAGGUUGACGAGAAACGUUUAAGUGAACUUCUCAACAGCCGGGUUAUGGCAAUAUUUCUCCAGUAAUUUUUUCUGGAUCAAUAGUAUUUUCUAAGAAUUUGCAAUAAGGGGCUUGUCAUUAUUUACGGCUGGGGUGCAGCACCGAAGAGAAAAUGGUUGGGUGAACAAAAUUUUGAGUGAGUAAAAGGUUGGGUAAAUGAAAAACAAAACAACUCAAGGGUUGGGUAAUAAAAAUUUAUUGUCAUUUCCGAAGACUGACUCACUCAAAUAUUGAAGACUAAAAAGCAAUCUCAACAGUCAUAUGUCAAUACAAUAUGUAAAUCAAUCAAUCAAUCAAUCAGAGUCACUACCUUGAUCAUUUUCGGAUUUAUCAGGACGCAAAUGCCGUCUCCAAAGAAAGUACAUGUGCAGACAACAUUGCACAAGCAGUGAUCAAACUCAUGUCACACAGAAGUGGUAAAGGACAUGUGUGACAACUGAAUGGUAUCUUUUGUGAAGUUUUUUGGCCAGGGUUGGAUAAAAAUAAAUUUUGACUUUUUAAUGGUUGGAUCUGCAAAAUGUUUACCAUAAGAAAAAUAUUUCUCUACGGUGCCACUCCCCGCCAUAAAUAAUGGCCGCGGUCCCUAAGCGGACGUGUAGAAAUUCUUCGUGUUAAUUAAUGGCGGCCAUCUUGGAGAAACGCUAACAAAAGAAUCUCAUUGGCAUGCAGCUAUUCAUUUGGAGCGUGUUUUCUUCCAACAUGGUCGCCAUAUCUUUGUCUUAUAAAUUUCAAAGGUUGAUUGCAACCCACCAAUACGCAAACCAAAAUAGCGGGUUAAAUUUUAACCCAUGAUGAUUACUAAUUGAGCACUUUGGACAACCGCCCCUAGCGAGUAAAGUAGGUUCUGAAACAUUGUACGAGUUUCUUUUAAGUCGACAGUGUAAAUAAUCGAUCACGUAUAAUUUAUAUGUUAUAUAUAUAUUUACUAUAAUCGAAUUAAAUUAUUUUUAU